AAAUUACAUCAAUUGAAAAUAUGGUUACACCAAGUUUUGGUAUAAAGAAUUAAUCUUUCAUGAGUACAGUUUGCAUGAAAUAUUACGUACACAUAGAUACCUAAGUAUAACCCACUCUCAUAUACCUACUUAUUUCAAAAUGAAAAUAGUGAUAACUUUUCUGUUACUUAUUUCUUUGAUCAGAAAUAACGGAAUUCUUGGUGAUACAAAUUUCUUUAAGGCCAUCGCACAUGAAUGUAAUAACACGUUUCCAGUUACACAUGAAAUAAUAUUAGCGCCAAAUAUUUCUAAAUUAACAGAAAAUUUGAAAAAUGACAGAAAUGCUAAAUGCUUUGUUCACUGCAUUUUUCACAAGUUGAAUUUCCUUGAUAAUAAAGGCAUUGUAAACAAAUCGGAAUUGUUCGAAAAUGCAAGCAGCGUCUGGGCAAAAGUUCCUGAAGAUAAAAAAGGAUCUAUUGCUAUACCUAAGAUAACGCCCCAGCUGAAAGAGAUUGUAUCAUCGAUCAUUGAUGUUUGUGAAACUAAAGAUACAGUGGCACAAGAAACUGAUCCGUGUAAUAAAUUUUACAAUUUUGCGCAAUGUUUGAUAGACGAUUUUGCACCAUCAGAAACCUAAUCAAAAAAUACAUACCUAUUAUGUAUGUAUGUACCUAUUCAGAAAUCAUCGACUUCUAUACUUCUAAUGCCAGCGAAUAAUCCAUAAGUGAUAGUCUUCCGCUUUACCUGCUCACAACCAACCCUCAGAAUUAUAAUAGGUACAUAUACUCGUACUAACACCUACAUAUCUAUAUAUAAGUCGAUGAUUUAUGUUAAAUCUAGUGUAAUAAAUUUUUAUUCUUA